AUGGCAGACGUGGUGUCCAGGUCUAUCACUCGUACCACUUGGCGACCUGCAGUGACAGCAUUUUUGACAAGGGUAUUGAACGCGGAACGUAGUGAUCCACCAGAAGGAACAGAAAGCAACGACGAAGGGAAUGCUUUUGAUUGCCAGGCAGUGGUCAAACGCUCCUCGACGCUGCUAUCAGUGAUGGCGAUAGGCUCAGCUUCUGGCGCGCGAGCAAUCUCGAAGCCCUCGAUCGUGAACAAAACGCGCCCUUCGGAAUUGCAGAUAACAUAG